AUGUAUCGGAAUAGAUGGAAUAGCGCGACAAAAAGUGUACCUCACUCUGUCCGAGCGCUGCAUUUGGCAACGAAAACGACACACAAAGCGGCGAUAGCGAGAAAGAGCGCUUUGACUCCGCAGACGAUAUCGAACGCGAAUUUUGCUUUGCGCUUUGCCCAAAGGAAAAUGUACAUGUCCAUCAACGGGAAAACAGCAGUAAAACGGAAUACGAAAAGUAGUAUUAGUAGUAGUAAUAGUAAUAGUGGUAGUACGGCGGCACUCAGAAGCGCGAAUAAAAGAAAUAAUAGAAUCGUAGUGGGUUCGCUCUGCGCGGCGUCGUUACCGAUUUUUGGAAUGGUAGCCAAGACAUAUUACUUCGACAAUCGCUUGGCUAAGUGCAAUCAAGCCGAGUCAUCUGGAACACCGUCGAGUAAUAGUAGCACGGCAGAACACGUCAACGAUGAGUUGAGCGAUCAUGCGAAGGAAAAAGUGAUGACUAUUUUGCGUUCAAUACACUUGGCGUUUUUGUUUGCGCCUGCGCUCGUCUUCGCCCCUUUGACGUACCUGAAAAGCUGUCCGCUGUGGUAUAAAAAACUCUGGUACAUGUUGAUUCGAAAGACACUGGAGUUUGCAGGUCCAGCGUUCAUUAAAUGGGGACAGUGGGCAUCGACGAGAUACGACGUUUUUCCGGCGGUUCUUUGUCACGAACUCGAAAAGUUACAAUCUACCGCUCCAGAACACAAAUGGGAGCACACAAAGUCAACUUUAGAAAGGGUGUAUGGCGAUACGUUCGAUCAUAUUUUUGAAUCCUUCGACGAACACCCGAUGGCAUCUGGAUCAAUUGCGCAAGUACACAGGGCUACGCUUCGCGAGGGCGUCGCUGAAUCGUCGAAGAAACGACAGGAUUUAUUCUCGAGAUUUAACUAUGCGCUCAUCGCGGGCGUCGAGAUGCUCUUAUCUGGUCAAGGUUUUAAUGCCGUCGUGGACGGCAUACGCGACAUGUGGAACGAUGGUGCUGCUGGAAUAGGUCAUUUCUUACACUUGGACGAAGUCGUGCACGACGAAGAAAACGGAACAAACGCUGGUGAAGGGGGAGAAGGAGUGGUGACAAAGAAACGGCGAAGAAAGGAAAAACGACGAGAAGUGGCGGUGAAAGUUAGACAUCCGGGCGUUGUUGACGCGUUGAAGCGCGACUUUAAAAUUCUUCUGUGGUUCGCAUCAUUCACGAAGAACAUUUCUUGGCUAGAACCUUUGCAACUCGAAAAUACCGUCGGUCAAUUCGGGGUGCACAUGUUGUCUCAGGUUGAUUUAGGCGUCGAGGCUGAAAAUUUGAACCGGUUUCGAAAAUCCUUCCUGUUGAUGCCAGCGGUAUCCUUUCCUACUCCCAUAACGUCCUUAUCCGCGGAAGAUGUGCUGGUGGAAACGUUUGAAUCUGGGACAACGAUAAGUUCGUAUUUAGUAUCGCCAGAAGUAGCAGAGAAGAUAGGUUUCGAGUGUUCGGAACAAAACAAAACGUUAGCCGCGUUGGGCGUGCAAACUUUAUUGAAAAUGCUCAUCGACGACAACUUCUUACACGCAGAUUUGCAUCCGGGGAAUAUUUUAGUUCGAUUACCGGGCAAAAAUAUGAUGUUUAGUAGCUCAGAAGCCGACGAUCACGGACCAACUUUGGAAGCGAACGGCGAACGACAAAUGACGGAUGCUCCGAAACCGGAAAUUAUCAUUUUAGAUACCGGGCUCGCCGCGACGCUGACGCGAGAGAACCAAUCAGAUUUAGCGGAAAUGUUUUCAGCAAUGCUUCGCUGGGAUGGACGCGGCGUCGCGGAAAGAAUUUUGAAGUUUGUGGCGCCAUCCUCUAAAGACACUUCCAUUCAGAAUAAUGCAAUCGAGUCCGAGAGAUUCAAAUCAGAGAUGGAAGAAGCGGUGAAACAGUUUGCGGCUGGACCACCGAGAGCGGGAGACUGCAUGUCGCGCGUCUUUGAGAUUGUGCAAGAACAUAGGUUAUGUUUGGACCCGUCGAUUAUGAUUGCAGUUGUUACAGUAAUGGUUCUCGAAGGUUGGCAAUGGCGUCUCGACCCGAGCGUCUCAAUUUUAGAUCGUCUCAAUAGUGUAUUGGAGCUCUCCAAGAAAAGGUACCACAGAAUGAAAGUCUUGGAUUGGUCCUUGCGGGAAAUGUAUGAUCCGUACAGCGGACCAAACUUUUAUGAAAAGGACGAAAGUGGCGCGACGAGACGGAGUGAGUCUUUCGAUUACGGCCUAUCACCCUACGCGUAG